AUGAAUGAACUGGUAUGGUUUAGCUUUGCAUCACUUCGCGACAAGGUGGCGCAAUGGAAUAAUGAUACAUUACUUGAAGAUAUUGUAGUAGAAGGUCAAUUAAUGCAUCAACGUCGAAUUAGUCGCAAAUGUUCCUUCUUUGACUUGGCGUCCGAAGCGACUGGUAUGAAUGGUGAGCGUGAGCGAGUAGAGGUUAUUCUUAAGAUCAUUGACGGUGAAUUAUCGCUAGAAGAGAUUGAUGCUAUUCGAUACAAAUUCAAACUUGGGGACAUUGUACGUGUUCGAGGCUUUAUUGAGAAACUCAAAGGUGGUGCUUCCAUCUUGAUUCAUGCUCGUGAUAUUAUUGUCGUUCGAGCGUGGAAGAAGAAUAAUCCAGGAAUGACAUUUCUUCCACUGCCUACGGUGAUCAUUACGAAAGAUCAUGUGCCGCAGUCUAUUCAAAAUGAAUGGCAAGACAAGAAUGCUAGUACUAGGGUCGUCCAGACUAGCACAAACCAACGUGCUAACGGAGUUACAAGCGAGCGGGUGCACUGCAAGUUUUGGAUCAAUUCAAAAACAUGUCAGCACGGCGACAGUUGUGAGUUUUUCCAUGUGUGCGACGCUGAAAGGAAAAUUGAGCGUGCCAAAUGGCUAAACGAGAGAUUGCGUCUUAAACGCGUUCGAGCCCAUAUUGAUGAAGACCCAUUAGAUCCAUAUGGGAAAAUUGGAAAGCAACAACGCGCUCAUGUGUUCGCUGAAUGGCUAAUUGAGACAUAUGGCGCCGAGUUCCUUGCCGAGGGAAAAGGUAUUGUGGAUAUUGCGGGAGGAAGAGGUAGUUUAUCGUUUGAGCUCUGGAACAAGCGGAAACUGCCAUGCACUCUUGUCGAACCGCGUCCUAUGAAGCUAUCAAAGCAACAACACAAAUAUUUGAAAAGGCAGAAGAAGGCAUGCGGGAAGCAGUCUACCAUAGCAGAAACACCUCUUACUGACUUGCCUGUUCCGCAAGUUAUUACGUUGUUCAACAUGGACACGUUUUUGGAGAACGAACAAUAUGUCCAACUCGUCGAGCAGGCAUCGCUGCUUCUUGGUAUGCACCCGGAUGAAGCUACUGAAUGCAUCAUAGACGUUGCUAUGAAAUUUAACAAGCCUUUCGCUGUCGUUCCCUGCUGUGUGUUUGGCCACAAAUUUCCUGGCCGCCGAUUUGCGGAUGGAAGCAAGGUCUUGUCGUACGAGAACUUGGUCGAUUAUCUCAUUUCCAAACAUCCAACCAUUGAAAAAGCGUUCCUGCCAUUUGAUGGAAAAAACUUGGUGCUCUUUCGUCGACCGCAAUCUCUUGAGAAACAGCAUACCGUCAGUUGA